AUGAGAUCAUACGAGCCACCAUUCGUCCCACCCGAGUUCGACAAUCUCCCGCGGGUCCCCGGUCAACCGCAAGGAUGUCUCUGGGGGAUUUUCGACAAGCCGGACAAGAAGGAUGAACUGGGGACCCUCAACUAUCUCACUCCCUCGGUCGUCCUCGAAGCCACAAAAGAGGUGAAAUUCGGGCAGCACGUCCAGCUGGACUGGGCGUUGGAUAACCUGCAAUUUCCAGCAUCUGGCCGCGUUCCAUUUCACCAUCACGUGAAAGAGAUGGAUGCUGAGGGAUUUGUCGGCCUCGACGAUGAAAUUAGACAUGCAUAUGGGUUGGGUUGGGCCGGGUUGAGGCCUCAGGCGCCCCAACCCGCAGCGGGUUCGGGGAUCUGA